AUGCCACAUUACCAGUACAACGUCAAGAUGGCCUGUUCCGGGUGCUCCAAUGCCGUCACGCGUGCGCUGUCGAAGAUGGACGGCGUCCAGAAGGUGGACGCCAAUCUCGAAAAGCAGACUGUUGAUGUCAUUGUCAGCGAGCCCGUCUCUUACGAGAGCGUUCUUGAGAGAAUUGCAAAGACAGGCAAACAGGUUCUUGGCGGUAAGACUCUCUAG